UAUUGCAGUAUUUUACUUUGACACGACAAUUUGGCCGGAAGCAACACUACUUCCGGGUUCUGGCGCGCCAAAAUUACAAACUAGACGCGUGCAGGUCAAACCAAGAGAGCAUUGUUUAGACGCUCUGUUCCUGACCUCUGACCCCACUUCACCGCUGGGCAAACGUGAAGAGCUUCACCUGUACGUGCAAUAAAAGGUGGCGUGAUUAAAGAGCACCUGAGGAUGAGGAAGUGGGAAGAGCGACUGAAGAGGGUCGAGCAGCGUGCUCAGUCCUUCCAGCUGUGUCCCCUCACCACGCGCUACAAACCUCGGCUGUGCCAGCCCUCCUCCACCUGGAAGCUCUUCCCCCGUCAGAGUCUGGCCAUCGGCUUCGCUCAGAGCUGCAAAGAGGCUGCACAUGUGUUUGCACUCGAAAAAGAGAACACAACUCUUGGUCAGCGGAUCUAUCUGGUUACCAGUUACAGCGAGCUCUGGCAUUACUACAGGACCUACACCCAGUCCCUGAUGCACUGUUACGAGGUGAUACCAGAGGGGGCUGUCUGUAAGCUUUACUUCGACUUGGAGUUCCACAAACCGUCAAACAAAGAAGCCGAUGGCGAAGCAAUGGUGUUCUCCCUCAUCCAGUAUGUCUGUGACAACCUACUGGAAGUUUAUGGGAUUACAUGUUCUGUAAAAAAUGUCCUCAACCUCGACUCCAGCACAGAAGACAAGUUCAGUCGACAUCUCAUCUUCAAUCUCCAAAACGCAGCUUUCAAAGACAACAUACAUGUUGGGAGGUUUGUUCAUGCGAUUCUUCAGCCAGCGCUGAACACACUCAAACGCGACAGUGACUCCGAUUCUGGGAAUUCAGUGGCAGACAAAAGGGUGCCGCCAGCAGAGGCCGGUGAGACAGAACGUCCACAGACCAAGCGGCGUAAGCGUGAAGAGAAAGACCUGAGCUUCCUCCAGGUGAGAAACAAGGACGGUCGCAACGGGCUCUUUGUGGAUCUCGGUGUUUAUACGAAAAACAGAAAUUUCCGCCUUUACAAAUCCUCAAAAGUGGGAAAGAACGCAGCGUUCACUGUGGCAGACGACAACCAGUUCACAGCCAAAGCUGAGAAGGGGAUGUCUGCAGAGGAAAGCAUAUUCCUGGCUUCCUUGAUCUGUAAUGUGAGUUUCACAGGUCAGAGAAUUCUCAUGUGGGAAGGACCAGAAACACAGGAGUCCAAAACCUCCAAGCCACAGCACACGUCAGCCACAAAUUCGGAGUCACUUUCUGGCUGCCAGUCGUCCCCUCACCAGGAGGUGGACGCCUUCGUUUUACAUGUGGUUCAAAAGGACGGGAUACAAGGAAGCAUCAGACGAUGGAACUACUUUGCUGCAGAACAGCUGCUCGUCUACGAUAUCGCCAGAUACCGCUGGUGUGAGAAUGUGAGGCGGUUUCAUCAAAGCAACAACAUCAUGAUUGUUGUGGAUCUUAAAGACGAGGUGUGGUACCAGAAGUGUCACGAUCCCGACUGCAGGAACUUCAGGUCCUCAAGUUUUCCUUUUACAGGUUGCCCACUUCCACAGGAAAUCUGCAUCAGCUACAUCAUGAAACUGGAUGAGGAGGACCAAAUGUACGUAAUGGAUGAUUCUGGCAAUAUCGAACCAAGCCAGACUGUAAACCAGGUCCCACGAAGCACAGUGUGUCCCGAAGAGAGAGCAGCCGAUGUCUGGGGAGACGCACAGGAUGACCAGGACUACUUAAAGAGCCUGGACGACUUCGAACAAAGCAGUGCAGAGAUCUCUGAUCAGCUUCUGCUUGGUUGCAUGGCUGAGUUCGAGUCUGACUAGAAGGUAGACCUUUGUGUAAUCCUGCACUGAUCAUUACUUUAAGAAUUUGAAUAGAAAACUGCUUUUAAAAUGUUUUAAUAAGCAUUUAAUGUAAAGUGAAUCUCGUGGACCUGUUAAAGCUGCUUAGCUCUAAAUCUAAACACAAAGAAAAAACAGACAAAAUCUGAGGAAAUAUUAAGACAGUUUAUUUGAUAAAGCUGACAUUGAUACUAUACUUACAAAACUGUGCUUUACAUUAUAACCACUACUCUCAUUGAGUCCUCAACAUGAUUAGAAGUGUGUGACUAUCCCGCAACUUGUGGCACUGAAAUCAGAAUCGUUCCAUGCAACGCGUUUUCAUGCAAACAGUCAGAAAAAUAAAUUAUCUGUAAAGCAACAUGAUUGGGCACUGACACAGGUUCAUCAGUUCUUUAGUCUGCAGCACUGACAAACACAGGAAUGAAGGAACUUACACCUACAGAGCAUCAGGCACAUGCUCUGCCUUUAAAUAGUCUUUAGGCAGAUUCACUAUUUACAGGCUUGAUGAUUCCAUUAAAUAUCAACUUAAAUAGAUAACCAAAACAUGAAACAGUUUGGCACAUAAAUAGUUAAUAUUUGUCACUGUUAAAAGCAUAUUUGUUGGAUUUUUGUCUCCCUAAGGCUUAAACUGAUGUUUAAGAUACUCAACAUAGUCCAUGGUCAUAUAAAAGUCCCACUUCCUUUAAAACCUUACUGUACCUCUACUACGCAGCAUCCCCAACCUUGUCCUUUUGAAUAGACAGGGAUGGUAGGGAUUUACUAACCACACCAGUAAAACAUACCAGUCCAAAGCUUCAGAUUGUCAGGAACAAACAAAGGCUGACUCCUCCUUGUGCCUCUGUACUCGGAGGUUUGGCUCACAUCUUGAUUCUCGCGUAAAGUCCAUCAAUCUGCUCCCGGAAGUGUGUGCGGAGCUCCGCCCUCUUUGCCUUCAGCGUGGGCGUCAGCAAACCGUUCUGGACGGAGAACAUCUCGCGGUGUAAGGCGAUGUCUCGGACCUGCAGGGGGAGAACAGCAGAGCAGGGACGGCACAAGUUAACCGUAGCUCAGGGCUUCGCUGAACGAACAACCACGCGGCUGCGUUUGAAGAUGUGCCGCUUAUGCGCAGUUGAAUAAACCUUAUUAUAACCUUGGGAUCAAAACCAAACACGGCAACAAUCACCUGCUCAAACGACUUGAGCCCCGCUUCUUUCCCCAGCGUCAGCAUGUCCUCCAAAAUGGCCUUUUUCACAUCCUGGAGACAGAGGAGAUUUUACACGUGUACAGAGUCGAGGCAGCGUUGAUUAAAAAAUAUAAGAUCCCACCUUGUUGCUGCACAGCUCAGAGAGGGAUCCCUCGAUCCCUUUUCUCUUGGCCCAGACAGGUAGAAAGUCAGGAUCAGGCACCACAAUCCCCACCAGACAGGCCUUAAACCAGGAAACGAGCAAACCUUCAUUAGCACCAACGCGUCUGGAGCUCGUUUCGUUUAAAACAUGUGACCUUUGUUGAUUCUGACCUGUAAACUGUCACCGUGAACGAAUAUCUGGGACACGACGUCGCAGCGAUUGUACACGGUCUCUAUCUUCUCGGGGGCGAUGUAUUCUCCUUGUGCCAGCUUGAAGAUGUGCUUCUUCCUGUCGAUGAUCUUCAGCGUCCCGUUCUGCAUUCAGCCACAGGAGUUAUAAACCUGGUUUAUAAUGGGGUUCCUGGCGGCGUCCUGCGUUUCUUACCGGAAGCCAUUUCCCGAUGUCUCCCGUGUGCAGCCACCCGUCCGCGUCGAUGGCCUCGGCCGUUCUCUCGGGAUCCUUCAGGUAUCCCCGGAAUACGUUUGGUCCCUUGACGCACACCUACAGCACGAGAAGCAACAAGGGACACACUGACUGUCGCGUUUUGUCUCCUGUUUGUGGAAGUUUUCAUGUCAUGUGUUUUUUUUUCUCAACAAAAGUGGUUUGUACCAAUUCUUCUAUUUUAAAUACAAUUAGUAAUAUAAUUGAUUUAUUGCUAAAUACAUAUUCCUACUACUACUACUACUA